AUCCGUUAAGACCGUUCUUCUCCAACACCCAAAGCCAUGGAGAAUCUGAUGAUACCGUCAUCAGUUUCAAGACCUCCUGUAAUAAUCCCAUCCAAGCAAGAAUCUCUGUCUCCAUUCUCGGAGAAACCCACAAAAUCUACUGUCAAUUACAGCAAAAAUCUCAACCCAAAAACCCCAGACACCCAUUUGAACUACCUCUGCAGAAACGGACGCCUUAGCGAGAGUAUAAGAGCUCUGGACUCCAUUGCGCAAAGUGGGUCCAAGGUAAGAGCCAACACCUUCAUCAGUUUACUUCAGUCUUGCAUUGAUUAUGGUUCUAUCGACCUGGGUCGACAGCUUCAUGCCCGAAUUGAUUUGGUUGAGGUUAAAGAUCCGUUUGUUGAGACCAAACUUCUCAGCAUGUAUGCAAAGUGCGGGUCUUUACUUGAUGCACGUGAGGUUUUUGAUAAAAUGCAGGAAAGAAAUUUGUACACAUGGUCGGCGAUGAUUGGGGCGUGCUCCAGGGGGCAGAAGUGGAGGGAGGUUGUGGAGCUUUUCUUUUUGAUGAUGAAUGAUUGUAUGGUGCCUGAUGAUUUUCUGUUUCCCAAGAUUUUGGAAGCUUGUGCCAAUUGUGGGGAUGUUAAGGCUGGGAAAUUGAUACAUUCUUUGGUGAUUAGAUUGGGAAUGGUUUGUUGUACUCGUGUUAGUAAUUCGAUUUUAGCUGUUUAUGCAAAGUGUGGGAGAUUGGCAUUAGCAAGCAGGUUUUUUGAGGGCAUGGAUGAUAGAGAUACGGUAGCUUGGAACACUAUGAUCUCGGGAUAUUGUCAAAAGGGGGACUCUAAGGAGGCCCAUAGAUUGUUUAAUGCAAUGUGGGAAAAAGGAACUAAACCAGGUGUGGUUUCAUGGAAUAUAUUGAUUGGUACUUAUAAUCAGUUAGGGCAAUGCGGUGUUGCGAUGGGGUUGAUGAAGGAGAUGGAGAAUUUUGGGAUAACACCUGAUGUUUUCACUUGGACUUCUAUGAUCUCGGGGCUUGCACAAAAUGGUAGGACAGAUCAAUCAUUGAAUUUUUUUAAAGAGAUGAUUUUAGCAGGGGUGAGGCCAAAUGGCAUUACAAUUGCAAGUGCAAUUUCUGCUUGUACAUCUUUGGGAGGAUUAAACAUUGGGUUGGAAAUUCAUUCUCUUGCUGUUAAGAUGGGUAUCUUCAAUGAGGUUGUGGUUGGAAAUUCCCUCACAGGCAUGUAUUCUAGGUAUGGGGAAAUAGAAGCUGCUAGGAAAGUUUUUGACAGACUCAAAGAGAAAGAUGAGUUUACUUGGAAUUCAAUGAUUGGAGGAUAUUCCCAAGCAGGUUACUGUGGUAAAGCCUAUGAGCUCUUCAUGAAAAUGCUAGACUCGGAUGUAAAACCUAAUGUCAUCACAUGGAAUGCAAUGAUCUUUGGGUACAUAAAAAAUGGGGACGAAGAUCAAGCCAUGGAUCUCUUCCAACGGAUGGAAAAAGAAGGGAAAAUUAAGCGAAAUGCAGGAUCUUGGAACUCUCUUAUUGCUGGUUAUGUGCAACUGGGAGAAAAAGACAAGGCAUUAGGUAUUCUGCGACAAAUGCAGUCAUACUCCUUUAGGCCAAAUUCAGUAACUAUAUUGAGUGUCUUACCUGCUUGUGCAAAUCUAGUUGCAGCAAAGAAGGUGAAAGAGAUCCAUUGUUGUGUGUUGCGCAGAAAACUAGACACGUUACCAGUUACAAAUUCGCUAAUUGACACUUAUGCCAAAUCAGGUAGUAUACACUAUUCAAGAACCAUAUUUGACAGAAUGUUAACCCAAGAUAUAAUCACUUGGAACUCAUUGAUAGGAGGUUGUGUUUUACAUGGUUGUUCUGAUACUGCCCUUGGUCUUGUUAGUCAGAUGAGAGACUUGGGAUUUAAACCAAACAGAAGUACUUUCUCAAGUAUUAUCCUGGCAUAUGGAUUUGCUGGAAUGGUGGAUGAGGGAAAACAAGUUUUCUCAGCUAUCACCGAAAACUAUGGAAUUAUACCAGCCAUAGAACAUUAUUCGGCAAUGAUAGAUCUAUAUGGCCGCUCUUGUAGGCUAGGAGAAGCAAUCAAGUUUAUUGAAGACAUGCCCAUAGAACCUGACUUCUCCAUUUGGACUUCCUUGCUAACUGCAUCUAGGAUACAUGGGAAUAUGGGGUUGGCAGUCCUAGCAGGGGAACAUUUGCUUGACUUGGAACCUGGGAAUAUUUUAAUUAAAAGAUUAAUGUUGCAGAUAUAUGCAUUGCGUGGGAUAUUGGGGGACACUUCAGAAGUGAGAAAGGUUGAAAAACUGAACAUAUUAAAAGGUCCCAUUGGGGAGAGCUUGAUUGAAGUUGGAAACACGGUGCAGACAUUUGUGACAGGUGAUCAGUCUAGACCAUACUCAGAUGUUUUGUAUUCAUGGGUGAAAACUACAGCUGAAAAAGUGAAAACAAAUGAUUAUGAUGAUGGGUUUUCCAUUGAGGAAGAAGAGAAGGAAGAAAUUGGUGGUGUCCACAGUGAAAAACUCGCAUUAGCUUUUGCUCUCAUUGGCUCACCUUCUCAAUGUAAGAGUAUUAGAAUUGUGAAAAACAUGAGAAUGUGUGGAGAUUGCCAUAAAACUGCUAAAUACGUCUCUAUGGCAUAUGGAUGUGAAAUAUAUCUGAAUGACACAAAGAGUUUUCACCAUUUUAAGAAUGGCCACUGUUCUUGUGGUGAUUAUUGGUGAAGUAAAUAUGCAAAAUCCAAAAAUCAUUUCCAUGAAUCAUCUCCUAGGAAAGCACAUAAGUUCACAAGAUGGCUGGGGUAAUCUUUUAUUGUAUGAGAAGAGCACACAGAUUUUCAAGAAGCCACAAGCUGAUCACCUUGCAGGCAAAUUGGCUACGAUGGAGAUUUCAAUUUAUCUUACAUAUUGCAAUUGCCGCAAUAAGAUAUUCUUGUACUAGAUCCAAGCCCCUCUCUAGUUUGGUAUGAGGUUUUUGUUGAGCUGAUAGCUAAAAUUGUGAUCAAAUUAGUUUCAUAAUUUUCUCUUUGUACAAGUAUGGCUCAUGUUCUAGAAGAGAAAUAUCCAGAGCUUUUGCUGCAUGCAUGAUCAGGUAAGACUGGAAACCUCCAAGGCUUGGCAUUUAGCUUUAAGCUUCAGUUAUGUGGAAAUUUAUACCAAGAUUAGCAUAACUUUUCUCCAAGAAAUAGUGAAUGAAAAU